UAACUCCAAGGAUCUUUGCGUUCAUUAACAAUGUAACAAACUUGGGCGAUCUGUCUACCAAAUCCCAGCUGGACCACAGCUGGACCACUUCUUGUUGUUAACUUUUUGGUUUUGGACAAGGUGAAUCAAAUAAAUCGCCAUGGUUUUCAGUGGGUGCCUUUCCUUGGAGAGCAGAAUACGCACGGCCGUUUUGGCACUGCUGCUUUGCGCACAGGCCGGUUUUGGGUUCUCCGUGGCCGGUCAGCAGGAGAGCACCUGUGAGGCUAACGGCAGCAUAUACUUCGUGGGGGAAUGGUAUUUUCUGGACUCUGAUCACUGCACCCAGUGUGAAUGCACCACUGAGGGCUCCGCAUGUUCCCGCACUGAGUGCACCUCCCUCCCGGCUGCAUGCAUCCAUGUCAGCCACUACCCCACCGACUGCUGCCCCAGGUGCGAGAAGAUCGGGUGUGAGUACCGAGGAGUGGUGUACGAACUGGGGCAGAACUUCCAGCCAUCAGAAUGUGAGCAGUGCACUUGUGACAGUGAUGGCAUCGCCCGCUGUCUAGUUGCAGAUUGUGCCCCUCCACGAUGUGUCAACCCUGUCUACGAGCCAGGCAAAUGCUGCCCUGAAUGCCGCGAGGGUGCUAACUGCUACGUUGAUGCAUCACGCGGCCAGGUGAUUCCUGCAGGAGAGCCCAUCUGGGUCGACUCCUGCACCAAGUGUCGGUGUCACGACGGUCAGGACGCCGGCUACUGGGAGGGGAACCGUCUGGCCACCUGUUCCCGUCUCAAAAACUGUACACCUGAACAACCGUCCACCAAGAAAAACUGAUUCACUCUGCUAGCAGAGAGAGAAGCAGCUGUUCCCCUGAAAUAUACAAUCAGACUGAUCAACUACCUUCCGUCUCUGGGGACACGCUGAACCCUCCUGUGAGGAUGAAAAUUGAUUAUCUGCAAGUUUGUCAGGAACAGAAGUGGACAAGAACCAAAUAAAUCAUUUUAAUAAACCAAAACCAUUAUAGCAGAUCAGCUACCAUUCCACACUGUUUAAUCCAAUAUUUCAGCAUUACUGAUGACACCCACUGAAUUUGUCACUUUGGUGGACAAAGCAUGCCCAUUAUCAGGCCUUAGCUGCAUAUUACAAACAAGAUUGUGACUCAAGGCUGAUUUAUCAAGUCAAAGCUCCCAGUUCACUGCAUGUCAGUGGGUUUAACUGCAAAGUACAGUACAGGCCACAA